UGUUUGUUGCUGCUUCGAUGAAAAUGACGUAUACAUUCGCGUAUAUGUAGUGAAUUUCUGAUUCACCUUGGGUGCUAAAGAGAGUCUCUCUACAAUCUAUAUCGGCUCAUAAACACUGCGAUAACAGUUUCUAAUCGAGUUCGCGAACCAGUUGUAGCAGUAGGCUCUCAAAAUAUUUACUAAUGCAGACGCACUGAUUUACGUCAAACACACAUUUGUGCACGAAUUUUUAAAGAUAAAUACUCAUUCAAUUCAGGUUGUAGAUAGCCAAGGAUAUCAAUACUCCUCACACGCAGUGACACAUGCAUAAUUGAUACAUUGCCUAUAAAAGGCAAUUGAAAGUUUUGCCUUUCGCAAGGUUCAAUUUCAAUUUUAAUGAAUGUCUGAAAGUGACACAGACCAAGCUGACGAAUAUACCAGCCUGAUGGAUGCACAUGUUGCUGCUGAGACUCGUUCCAACACAGGAGUCAGCUCCUCUGGAGCACUCGCACGCAAAAAACCUGGAGCAAAGGUUGCCAGUACUGUGGAGUAUCAAACUUUUCAGAUGGAAAGCGGCAGUGUACCAGAGGUGUCUAUAGAAUAUGGUGGCAACAGAAGAAGAAGAGAAAAUCAAGGUCCACCUCCACCACAGGGUAAUCCAAUGGAUUUAACAGAUGAAGAAGUAGAGGAAGAAUUGAAAUAUGGAGCUGUCCAUGUUAUCAAAUUGUUCGUUCCAGUCUCACUGUGUAUGUUAGUUGUUGUAGCUACUAUUAGAUCUAUCAAAUUUUAUACUACAAAAGGAGCGUAUUUAGUGUACACUCCAUUUCAUGAAGAAACUUCAGAUACAGGAACCAAAGCUUGGCAAGCUGUUGCCAAUGCAUUGAUAUUGAUGAGUGUAGUCGUUCUUAUGACUGUGUUAUUAAUUCUUCUGUAUAAGUACAGAUUUUAUAAAACCAUUCAUGCUUGGUUGAUUGUUAGCUCCUUAAUAUUAUUGUUCUUAUUUUCAUCUUUGUACUGCGAAGAAGUAUUAAAGGCUUAUAAUAUACCGAUGGAUGUUAUUACAUUGGCCAUCGGUUUAUGGAACUUUGGUGUAGUUGGAAUUAUUUGCAUUCAUUGGCAAGGUCCUUUGCAACUACAACAAGCCUAUCUUAUUUUUAUUGCCGCAUUGAUGGCUCUUGUAUUUAUAAAAUAUUUACCCGAAUGGACAGCAUGGGUUGUUUUAGGAGCUAUUAGCAUUUGGGAUUUGAUCGCUGUUCUAACACCAAAUGGACCACUCAGAAUAUUAGUGGAAACUGCUCAGGAAAGAAAUGAGUCGAUAUUCCCGGCUUUGAUCUACUCGUCCACUGUUAUGUACACUACAAUGGCUAGUGGUGACGACGGUGCAGCCGAAGAAAGCGUCUCGUCGCCGGCAAGAAUUCAAAGAAGCUCAGUAACGAGCGAGACAGAAGAUGGUGGGUUCACGAGAGAAUGGAUGGAAACGAACGGUGAACGCAGCACUCGCCGAGCUCAACAAGUAAUGGAAAAUACACAAGGCCAACCUCGCAGAGCACCAGCAGUAGAUGCUGGUCGCAAUCAACUACAACAAAUGAUGAUGGAAGAAGAGAGAGGUGUAAAAUUAGGUCUGGGAGAUUUCAUCUUCUACGGAGUACUUGUCGGCAAAGCUUCGAGUUAUGGCGACUGGAAUACUACUCUGGCUUGUUUCGUUGCCAUACUAAUCGGGUUAUGCUUGACUUUGUUGUUACUAGCAAUCUUCAAAAAAGCUUUGCCAGCUUUACCUAUUUCGAUUGCAUUUGGAUUAGUUAUUUACUUUUCUACUCGAAUUUUCGUAGCUCCAUUCGUGGAUCUAUUAGCUAGUAAACAAAUAUUUAUUUAAGUAAAAUGAUUCAAGGAAGUAAAAACAAAUUAUCGAAGUAACAUGACAAUUUGAGGGAAUCAUAAUUGUAAAGACUUUUUAUGCAUUAAUAGUAUACUACAGUAAGAUAUUUCGUUAUAAAUCAUCAUUUAUUCCAUAAAACUACCAUAUCUUAAAGACUGUUCAUUACCCGUCAGUUAAUGCAUAUGAUAUUAUGAAAAAGAAAUUGAUGAAUAUUUCUUAAGACAUUUGUAGAAAUUUGAAUUAAUUAUAAUUGUAUAUGUUUUUACUAAAUAUCGAAUAAAGUAUUUGUAUUUUUAACAUA